AAAUAUUCAUAUUCUAAAAAGCACCAUUUUACUCAAUUCACUCCAAUGCAAUGACAAGAAUGCCCUUCAGUCACUCCAAUGCCCUCCUCCGAAUUACCAGACCUGUCCGGUUCUCGUCAAUGGCGGCGGAAGCCUUCACGAAUUCUUCUCAAGUUCAACCGGAAAACGCCCCUCAAACAGUGGCCAAUUACCCUAUCCCACUCUCCCCUCCGCCACCGCUUCUAUCCAAGAACGUUGAGCUGAACAGGGCUUUAACGGCAUCGUCCAAAUCUUCCCUCUUUUCUCUCUCUAGAAAUGACGUACUAUUCGAAGAUGAGUGGCUCAUUGCUGUCAAUAAGCCUCAAGGGAUUUACUGCGAAUCCAUUUUGUCUUCAGUUCGGAGUCUUCUGAGCCCUGAUCAAGAGGAGCAAGUGAAGUUGCAAGAACUCCAUCUAUCUAAUAGGCUAGAUCGUGAUACGAGUGGUGUUACGGUCAUAACAAAGUCUCAUAAAGUGGCAGCCAAGCUUGUUAAAGCAUUUACAGAUCACAUGGUCAAGAAGACUUACCUUGCGCUUUGUGUUGGUUCAGUUCCGAAAUGGGAUAAGAUCAUCGUAAAAUCUGGUCAUGGUCGAUCAAAGCAUGGAGCCUGGCGUGUCUAUGCUGUUUCUGAUAUUGGUCGGACACUUCCUGGUGGAUCAUCCAUUCGAGACAUGGAAACACUUGUUGAAGUUUUAUCAAUAAAUGGGAAAGGUUGCUCGCAAGAGCCCCUUGGAUUGGAGAAACAUGUAGAAAAUACCAUUGUAGUUAAGGAAAAAUCAGAAAUUACACCUACUGAGAAAUCAGAGGUUCUAGUGAGAGCAUACCCUAGAAGUGGAAGAACACACCAGAUUCGUCUGCAUUGCCAGUUUCUUGGAAUUCCAAUUAGAGGGGAUGUGAAAUAUGAUGGUGUCUAUGAAUGGAAAGAGAGAAUAUAUGAAGGACAUGAACUUCAUGCAGAAAGCUUGUCUUUUGAACAUCCUGUUACAGGUUAUUCAGUUUUGAUUCAGGCACCUUUGCCCUUGUGGGCUAGCGAAGCACUAUCAUAUUUGUAGUGGCAUUAAGAUCGGCCAAAAAGAAAUCAAGUUCUCGUUUUCAUCUUAGUAUAAGUCCUUGCAUUUACCUGCCCUUGUCUCUGGGUUGAGGGCUAUUAGAAGAAAUUGUUUAGCUGAAUUUUGUUUCUUCCCGUCUUUCUUCUAUGCAAUUUUUAUCUCUAAUUCAUGGAAUGUUUUAUCCUCA